UAAAAACUGGAAAGAGUGUAUUUAAGAAAAAAUACUUAAUUUGUAUUCCAUAUGGUGUUACAAAUCAUGCUAAUUUGAACAGAAAAGAAAAUCCUUUUUCCUUGCUGUUGUAGAGCAAGAACAGAGAUACAACCAAAAAUGGAAACUCAAAAGAGGCAGAAAAAACAGUGUGAUGUGAAAACAGAUCUGAACUUAUUGCUUGAAUGCCUUAAAUAUCAGAUGGACUGCCCUCUAUCUCAGAAAGACACUUUGAUCACUAUUUACUCAAUUUGUCAACAAAACAGUGAAGCAAGUGAAUAUUUUCGAGAAAUUGGUGGUUUGAUGUUUGUAAAUGAUCUUGCAAAGUCAAGUAUUCAUGGCAUAGUAAAGGAAGCAGCUUUGUUUACAUUAGGAAUUACAAUGGAGAGUAAUGUUUAUUGUCAACAAGCUCUCUGUACUGCUUCAUUUUUUGAAGACCUCAUUUCAUUUUUAAUUAAUAAGGAUUCUGGUGUGAACUUGAAAAGAAUGUCUGUUUAUGUCAUCUUAGCAGUAGUUUCCAAUAAUAUAAAUGGGCAAACCUAUGUCAGAGAUACAGGCUGCAUUGGCUUACUGCUACAGUUAUUCAGAACAACCCUUUCCACAUCUGAGAUCAAUCUGUCAGAUGAAGAUACUAAUCAGUGCUAUCAGCUGUGGUCCUCAGUCUGCAGUACUCUCUGUGCCUGCGUUAACAAUCCCCAGAAUGAAUAUAAUCAAAACAUUUGCUCUUCAGUUUUCCCAUAUGCCAAAGAGUGGCUGGAAAGUUGCACAAAGCCUGAGAUAGUUCGUCCUAUUUGUUCAUUUGUUGGUCUCACAGUUGCAAAUAACUCAUACGUGCAGAAAUAUUUUGUUUCUGUUGGAGGACUGGAUACAUUAGCUAGAGUUCUCACCAGGCUUACACGUGAUUCCAGUAUGAGUAACUCCAGCAUAAAACUUGCAAUAGCAGUUGCAAAGACUCUGGAUGCCUGCAUUGCUAAUGACUCUACCAUAGGUGUUGUCUUGACAAAGUACCACACUGUGUCAGAGCUACUAAAGUUGCUGUCCAAUGACACUCUGGAUACAAGUGAAAAAAUUAGUAUUAUUCUAACCAUUGGACACUGUACUGAAGUUUGUGAAGAAAACCAGUGUGAGCUGCUCCAGAACAAUGGUCUUCCACUUAUGAUUCAGUUAUUAACAGAGUCUCAGGAUGAGGAACUAAACAAAGUGGCUACUUUUGUGCUUAAAAACUGCAAACAAAUGACCAAACAAUUGUUCCUGAAAAUAAAUUAUAAUUCAUUAAAUGUAACCAAUACAGAGGAGCUGGACAUGCAAGUCAGAAAAAGAAGUCUAGAAGACUACUGGAAGGAAGCAAAAGAAAUUUUACACAGAAUAAACUUGCUUCAAAAAGAGUAUAAUGAGGAAAGUGUGAAAGGAGAAGUAUUUGUAGAAAGAUCCUUAGAAGCCAAUACUGAAGCAUCUAAAUAUUAUGAGGUGAAUCCUGCUGAUCAAAAAACCUACAUAGCAAGAACACAUAAAGAAAUACAUUGUCCACAGUCAGAUGAUCAGCUUGUUUCUCCAUCUGUAAAUUCUUCUGCACUGAAAAAUUACAUAGUUAACCCUAUGAAUCUAGGAAAUGCUUCUGUGAGACAAAAUGAACAGAGGAAUAGUCUGCGUUCAGUUAAUGAACUGCAAACAGGCAAUGUACUACAAAGUCACACUAUGAAUGAAAGAACUACUUGUGUAAAAAAUCAGUCUAUUCAAGUAAGUGAACAUUUACCCAAGAAACCAGCAGAGAUCGUUCAAAACAUGAAACAGACAUGCACAUCAGAUCAACACUCAGAGAUAACCAAAGGAGAAAAAAGUACUUCAGCUACAUCUGCAUCCCAGAAAAUGGCAGAUUUCAGGUGUUCAGGUUGUAAAGCAGGAGAACUGUCCUUCAAUAGUAGAACCUUUACCAAGAUGUUGCAAAGUUGUCUAUACCAGUGUGACCACCACAAAGUCAUUCUGGAAGCUGAAGAAAGACAUAAAAAGGGGCUUCGCAAAUUGAAUGUUUGUAACAGCAGGAGAUAUGCAGCUUCUGAAAAAAUACUGCUGACCCCAAAGAAGAAAGAAGGAGUACAUGCAAAAAUACCAACUUUUAGGUUUGAAGUGGAUGAUUUUCAAAGUAUUAUUUUGACUCCAAAUAGAAAAAAACAAUCUAAUACUUCAAAUAGAGAGAGACAUAGUAAAAGUGCAAGUUUGGCUGAUGACUGUAACUUGAUACCUACGUAUAAAAAGUCUUUACAAAAAAGCCAAGAUUCUAACUUGAACAAGCAGAGAGCCAAAGAAAUGUGCAACCAGGAAUGUCUGCGCUUAAAAGAAAAUUGCCUGUAUUCAGCAGACAGAUAUGUGAACAAUGAAAACUGUACCCUGGAGACAAACACAAAAACUUUAAACAACAGAAGAACCUGAAAAGAUUUCACAGCUGAAGAAAUAAACUAUCUUUUGAGUGGAGUGAAAAAAACAGGUAACCACUGGAAUGUAAUUUUGUUGUUUUAUCCAUUUCAGAAAGGACAGACAAAUGUCGACCUUUCCAAGAAGUACGACAGGUUACAGUUGCAACCGCACAGCAGGCUGCAAGGAGCGGCGGCGAGCACUCCUCCCCGGUGCAAGGGGGCGCUGCGGGACGUGGUCGCCCUCGCCGCCUUCCCAGCCGUGGCAGGCACCGCCCAGGGCGGGGCGCGCUGCAGGGGCUGGCCGCGCUCCGCCUGA